UGUGGUCGCAUUGUGCUGCUUUGUUUGGACUACAAUUUAUUAAUUAUUUAGGUUUUUUGAGACAGAAAUGGCACAAACUGUGCAGAAUGUGACUCUGUCUCUGACUUUACCGAUCUCCUGUCAGAUCUGCCUCGGAAAGGUACGUAAGCCGGUGAUCUGCUGUAACCACCACGUCUUCUGCUCGGCCUGUAUCGAGAUCUGGCUCCAGAAGUGCAGCCAGUGUCCCACCUGCAGGGUUGCCAUCACCCCCGAGAACCCCUGCAGGGAGAUCAUAGGAGCCACCAACGAGAGCCACGUCAGUCAGAGCGGGUCGGUCAGGAAACAUCUGAGAAGAACACGGGUGGAACUGCUCAUGCAGGAGUACGAGGAUGAAGUGGAGAACCUGCAGCGGGAGAACGACGAGCUGAGGAACAAGAACCUGAAGCUGGAGACGGAGCUGAAGGAAGCCCUGAGACCCGGUCCUGCUCCGGUUCCUCAGACCGAGACACCAGAACCGCUCGACUGCUCGGUGCUAAAGGAGACGGAGAACAAACUCCGAGCGGCCGGCGAGCUCUACCUCACCGUCUCACAGGACCUGGAUAAACUCCGAGAUGCUAACAAGACCCUGCGCUCCCAAAACGUGGACCUGAUCCAGGAGAACGUCCGCCUGAGAGCCGAGGUGGAGAGCAGAUCCCCUCAGAAGUUCGGAAGGUACACGGUGGCGGCUCUGGAGGCCAAGAUCGCGCAGUACGAGAGGGAGAUGAAGCAGCUGAAGAAGGCACUGGAGAGGAGCGACCAGUACAUCGAGGAACUGGAGGAACAAGCAUCGAGGAACCAGAUGAACCCAAAAACACAGACGGAAAACCCUGCCGUGACAAAUUCGAGCUCAGACCUGGAGAACCGCGAAUCAUUAACCGAGAAAAAUGAGUCCGGAACCUUUGCCGUGCCCUCCACCCCACCUACUCCGUCCUCAGCACUCAGGGGUUUGAACCUGAACAGUCCUGUAGCUCCUGGUGAGAAGAAACCCGCCUUUAAUCGCCUCUCGUAUCUCAGGAGGCUUAACUUUGAUGACUGCGGCAGCACCAGCAGCUUCACAGCACCUCCUUCAUCCGAGCAGUCCUCCUCGAAAACGGACACACGUGGACCGUCGGACCAAACCGCCCCGCCGGAUCAGACUGAGAAGGUCUCAUGGAGAGGAGCAGAGGAGGCCAGGAUGGACGCAGCGUUUCUCGAUAAGGUCUCAGAGCUGGACUUCAUGAUGGCUGAAGGAGAAGGUUCACGCUGUCGGACCGGAAAGGUCCUCGGUACCGCACCAACGUUACAGUCGGACCUCACAGGUUCAGAAUCACCUGGAGAGGAGCGCGAUGGAGGUGCAGAGGCAGCGGAGAGCUCGGGGGAGACGGUCAAACGGAAGUGCCCCAUCGGCUUAGUCAUGUCCAGUCCCUCAAAAGUGUCCAAGAUCAAAUGAAAAGCAUCUCAGAUUAUAGUAAAUAUUCCAUAAGUGUCUCUAGACUGAACAAGACUCCAUAUAUGGAAACGUGGGCUUGCAUGUAAGUCCAUAUAUGGAAAUGUGAGUUUACCCUUGACUCCAUAUAUGGGAAUGUGGAUUUGCCUAUGACUCCAUAUAUGGAAAUGUGUGUUUACCCUUGACUCAAUUUAUGGAAACGUGGGCUUGCCUAUCACUCCAUAUAUGGAGAUGGGUUUCCUAACAACUCCAUAUAUGGAAACGUGGACUUGCCUAUGACUCCAUAAAUGGAAACGUGGGCUUGUCUAUAACUCCAUAUAUGGGAGCGUAGACUUUCCUAUGGUUCCAUAUAUGGAAUUGUGGGUUUCCUAAUGACUCCAUAUAUGGAAAUGUGAGCUUGCCCUGGAGUCUCUUUAAAUAUUGUUGACUUGUUAUUGAUUUUGUAUGUAUAUAAAUGUAUUUUUGUCUUUGGGUUCAUGUACGGGGUUUUUAAUCCUUUCUAAUUAAACAUUUGUAGAUUUUAAUCUGUCCAGAGUGUUUAUGUUUAGUGAUGUUUGUAAAAGUCACUGUACCACAUUGGUCCCUGGUCUGGUUGACCCAGAUGGAUAAUGAAUGUUGUAGAUGUUAGAUGAUUGUGUGUUUAUGUAGUUUUAAUAAAGACGUUUGAUUAUCGUUA